UAACUAAUUAGACCGUGUUUUUUUCUUCUUUCAAACGUGUCCAUUUUCUCUUAUAUAUAUAUAUAUACACCUAAUUCUAUCACCAACCAAAUCUGCUACCUUUUUUGUUCUGAGUCAUGAAGUUCUCUUUUCCUGGUUGUUUAUUUUCAUGUUCCAGUGAAGUUAACAACAAUGAUUUUGAUGAUGGAGAGAUUAAUGAUGGAAGCUUUCGUAUAUUCACUUAUCAACAACUGAAAUCUGCUACUGGUAAUUUCAGUGAAAAAAUUGGACAAGGUGGAUUUGGCUCUGUUUAUAAGGGGAGGCUUAAGGAUGGAUCUUUUGUUGCUGUGAAAGUGCUUUCUAUUGAGAUUGAAUCCAUGAGAGGAGAGAGGGAAUUUGUUGCGGAAUUGGCUGCACUAGCAAAUAUGAAGCAUCAUAAUCUUGUUAGCCUUAAAGGGUGUUGUGUUGAAGGAGCAAAAAGAUACUUGGUUUAUGAUUACAUGGAGAAUAAUAGCCUCCAUCACACUUUCUUAGGUUCGGAGGAUAAAAGGGAGAGAUUCAGUUGGGAGGAAAGGAAGAGUAUAUCAAUCGGCGUGGCUCGUGGACUUUCGUAUCUUCAUGAGGAGUUGAAGCCUCAUAUAGUGCAUAGAGACAUCAAAACAAAGAAUAUACUAAUUGACAGAAGUUUUACACCUAAACUUGCUGAUUUCGGUUUGGCGAAACUAAUGAGAGAUGAGAAAUCUUACAUUAGCACUAGAGUUGCAGGGACAUUGGGUUAUUUGGCUCCUGAGUAUGCUAGUUCUGGACAACUAAGAAGGAAAUCAGAUGUUUAUAGCUUUGGAGUAUUGCUUUUGCAAGUUAUCACUGGCUUGGCUGUUGUAGAUGCCUAUAAAGAUAUCGAACGUUUCAUUGUCGAAAAGGCUUAUGCAGCUUAUAUGGCCAAGGAUCUAUUAAGAAUUGUUGAUCCUGUGCUUAAUAGAAACUAUUCAGACAAAGAAGCCACAAAAUUCCUCACAGUUGGAUUACUUUGCGUGCAAGAAACCGCAAGAUUACGGCCACGAAUGUCAGAGGUUGUAGAAAUAUUGACCAAUAAUAAUGUCGAUCUCAAAGAUGUUCACAUUUCAAAACCAGGUUUUGUUGCUGAUCUCAGAAACAUCAGAAUAAAACAGAACAUGAUAACAAGCUCGCCACAAGAAUCGGGCUCGUCAGGAACAACCUUCGCAAGCUCCAUCUGGAGUGUGGGAAAUCUCGCCCGUUAAUCCAAAUCGAUAAUUCUAUCGAUUUUUAAAAAAAAAUCUUCUGCUAAUGAUAUGUGACGAAUCUUCGUCCUAUUUAAUUAGCAGUUUUUUUUUACAUCUGUGCAUUUUUGUACAUGAUUUUUACUAGGUUAGUGUCAAAUUAGUCAUGUGUAUAGAUAAAAUCCUAUUGAUGUGUUCAUAAUCAUUUUUUUUCCUUAGGGUUGGGCUAGCUUAUGCCAUUUUGAUUAAUUGGUUUUUUUGUUGUUUUA